UUAACGCGAAGGUUAUUUUACAUAAGGGAACAACUGUUUUGGAGCAAAACACCGCCGCGAGAAUAGCUGGAAAGAAAAAGAGAGGCUUUUGUUUUCUGGCUGAAAGGAGCUUAAUCUUCUUCCACGCGUUACAGGAGGUGAAGCAUCAUGGGGAAACACAACAGCAAGCUGGCUCCAGAGGUCCUGGAUGACCUGACCAAGAGCACUGAAUUCAAUGAGGCAGAGCUCAAGCAGUGGUACAAGGGCUUCCUUAAAGACUGUCCUUCUGGCAUUCUGAACCUGGAGGAGUUUCAGCAGCUCUAUGUCAAGUUUUUCCCAUAUGGUGAUGCUUCCAAGUUUGCUCAACAUGCGUUUCGGACGUUUGACAAAAAUGGCGAUGGGACCAUCGACUUCAGAGAGUUCAUUUGCGCCCUGUCCAUCACCUCCAGGGGUAGCUUUGAGCAGAAACUCAACUGGGCCUUCAACAUGUACGAUCUAGAUGGAGAUGGAAAGAUCACACGCAUGGAGAUGCUGGAGAUCAUCGAGGCCAUCUACAAGAUGGUAGGCACAGUGAUCAUGAUGCGUAUGAACGAGGACGGGCUUACCCCUCAGCAGCGUGUAGACAAGAUCUUCUCCAAGAUGGACAAGGACCAGAACGAUGAGAUCACCUUGGAAGAGUUUAAAGAGGCGGCCAAAUCCGACCCUUCCAUUGUCCUACUGCUGCAGUGUGACAUGCAGAAGUAGACUGGGAGGGGUGGAGAAACAGAGCAAGGGUAAUAGAGUUGAACUGAAUUUAGAGAAGGAAGGAGGCUGAGAGAACAGUGAAGCAGGAGGAGAAAGGGAGGGAUGCUGCUAGAGAGAGGAGGAGGAGAAGGAGAGAGGCAGGGAAUCUUUCUUUCUCCCUUUCUCUGAGGUAGUGAUGUCUGGAAAUAAGCCAUGUUUGGAACACGGACCCCCUGAUUGAUGCCAUUCUUUUAUCCGGGCUGCCCUGCUGUGCAGCUCUCCUGAAGCACUUCUGCUUCAGUCCAGCUGAGCGUCUUUAUAAAUUCAGCCCGAUCUGUGGAAAGUGGAAAUCCCUCCAGCUCUGUUUAGCGCAGAUCAAAGAAAUAAAAUACAGAUUUACAUAGGAAAUAGUCUCACUCAGAUGUUCAUGCUGUCAGGCUCUGUGCCUAGUGUGCGAUAUUACAAGGCUGCAACACAACUGAAGUAUAAAGAUCACAUCUUUUUUUAAUCUGCUUUUUUAUUUGUGUAACAUGUACACUGUUUUCAAGACUUACAACAUGUAAAUGUAAAGUAGCUUACUUCCAAAUUAUGUAAGCUAACUAAUAAUAUUGACAUCACUAUAGAUGUGUCCAAAUUCAUGGGCUGCAUCCUCCUGAGGACCCGGCCUUCACAGUCUACGUGGGCCGGGUCCUCAGAA